AGGCAUUUGCACGGCCAGCCGAAGCAGCUAGACUGGCAGAAAAUCGGCCGACCGAACCGCUCUUUACCAAAGUCGAUACAACCGAUCGAUUCUUCCGAAGGGAAAUCCUUCCUUCGAGCCUGCGUAAGUUUCGUUACGUUUUCUCGUUAGACGACGACGCUUUGAAACUGGCCGCGGCGGGAACGUAAAAUCAAUUGGAACGGUUCGUUCGGUGGACCGCGGGAAUUACGAAGAUUCGACUCUAACCGGAUGAAACGCGUUCUAAUUGGACAAUAAUUUAUAUAAUGUCAUUGGGAGAGAUUCGACUUGAGCGCAAGGAAAGAAGGAACGUCGAGUGUUCUUUUUCAUUUUACAGAGGAUCGAUUUGUCUCUUCCGAUCGAAGAGAAAGCCAUUUAAAUCGAAUGUUUGGAGAAAGGAAGAAGACGAAAAGUCGGAAAGAUUUUUGGGUGUGAAGGUAAAAAGAGUGUAGGUAUAAUCAUUGUGGUCGUGGUCGUGGUCGUGGUCGUGAUCGUCGUCACUGGGACCGUCGUUGCUAGGAUCGCCGCCGUCGCCGCGACCGGCGGGAGGCUCCGAAACCGAGCGAGGCCGAAGCUAACCGACAGAGGUCGGAAACGCACGAACCUCGGCGGCUCGAGGAACCGAACCAGCGACACUGGCAAGCAGUGCGGUGCCGACUCUUGCUGCCGCGGUUCCAGCUUCCGCGGUGUGCGUGGACGCGUGUUUACACGACGACAGAAUUCCUCGUCGAAACAGAGACGGAGCUAAGCAGGAGGCAGAGAAGAGCGAAGAGGAGUGGAGAAGAGACAGAGAGCGAGAACGAAAGGAUCGUUACGUCGAAGGAGAAGCAGAGGUUAGAAAGGAAGAGGAGUAGGCGCGUUCGUGGUCGUGUUUUAUCGUGAAGACGGCUGAAAUUUUAGAAGUGGCACGCUGUCGCGUUAUCGGAGUAACGCGACGACGACGUAUCGGAGUCGAACAACGAAGAAACGUCGAAAGCACGACGCACACCGUCCAGAAUAGGAGGCCCGAAGGGCACGUAGGAAAGAGAAAACGCGUUGUAUCGGCUUAGUGGUUCGGGGCGUGGGUGCGGAGAUCGCGAAUCUCUUGGGCGAAACGUUUGCCGUGAGGAAAGUGAGAGGACCAAGUGGUGAAAGAGGUAGGGAGUGAGAGAGGAGAAAGAAGGCGAGAAAGAGAAAUGAUCGUCAACGGAACGGAUCCGUCGCGAGUCAGCUUUUCCCUCGUCCGGGCAUUUUAAGGAGAAGAGCGGUGUACAUACGUCGAGACAAGUACGAGGGAACGCGGAAGAGGUGAAACUCGAAGAAGAAAGUUUUUCAACGUAUACGUUCAGCCAAGCGAUCUUCUCGGUGGUCACGUGUACUUACUGGUCCGCGUGCGGCUGAAAAUCGUGAGAGCGCGGACUCUCGUGAAGCAGGUAAUAAACGGGCUUUCACGGUCUCGUUCGAAAAGUAGUGGAACGAACCGGGAGAGACGGUGGAUUCGAGCGCGAGAUUGGUCUGGUCGUUGCCGCAGCCGCCGCCGCCGCCGCCGUCGCCGCCGCCACCGCCACCGUCAUCGUCGGAAACUAGCGAUCGGCGAGAGAAAACCGGCGCAUCGAGAACGUUUGGUAGGGAAUCGUCGAGCGGAACGUUGGAUAUCCUGGAGGAAGAUGAAGAUGGUAAGGACGAUCGUGAGCGGUAAACGGAGGACGAGCAGCUCGAGAGGACUCGAUUGAAUCCGAAGUGAAAUCCGUCGCUGCCGGCACCGGUGCCUAGAUCCCUCGGUUCUGUGUUGCAACGAGGAUUGCUCGUUCGUUAACCGUUCCGGUGACAGUGUCAGUGAGUGGUGUCGGUGGCGAGGAUAGUUUGGUCUAGCGAGGUGGCGGCGCGCGCGAUCUACGGCCCGCGUUAUCCCGCCGACGGCUACGUCGCGCACCGUCCUCCUCUCCUAACUUUCCUUCCUUUCGUUUUCCGAGUUGAACCUGCUGUCGACCAAAGAACUAAGCUUUCGAGAUUUUCCUGCUGUUGAGCGGGACGUAACUCGAUUCGAGGAAGAAAGUUCGAGGAACGAUCGACGAAAAUGCAGGUGGCAACGUUGUUUAGGGAGAGCGCCACUCUGCUGGGUGCCUCUAGCCUGGAUCCCCCGCAAACUCAUCAUCACCAGGCUAUGCACCAACAGCAACAACAACAACAGCAGCAGCAGCAACAGCAACAACAGCAACAGCUUCAACAACACCCUGCCGAUCUGCAUUUGGCACACCACAUGCAACACCAUUAUAAAAUGUCGUAUCCAUCACCUGUGCAAAACGGAGGACCAAACGGAGCGACAAUGAAUUGCAGCGGGUCUCAAGGGGUGAUGGUAAAGCAGGAAGCGAGGGAUGACGGUUACGAGACAAGUCCGGACCUCGAGAUGAGGAGCACCGGCGGUGACAGCAGUCAGCAGUACCACACGCCGCUGACACCGCACACACCGCACACGCCGCACACGCCGCACACACCCCUCACCCCGAUAUCGGCGACAGCGCAUCAACCCCAGCAACCUGGCUCGACCGCUUCCACCCUCGGACAGGUGGCGAUCAAGUGCGAGACUCCGGUGGAUCCGUAUUCGUUCGUCGACGAGGAAAUGUCGAUGGGUGGGAUGAGGACGGCCAACAGCCCGGCUGCUGGGAACCCGGAGAACAUGACGUGUCCGUCCGGGGCGCAACCGGGUCUGGCUACACCUACGUCCACACCGCCUGGACCUCUCUCUGGACCGCAACACCUUCAGAUGAACCUCGGCGUGAUGAACGGCAACGUGAACCCCCAAUUGGCCGUCCAUCAGCCAAAAAAACGAGGCCGCAAAAGAAAAUCCGAAAUGAUUCUCACACCGGAAGAGGCGGAAUUAGCGGAGGCAAAGAAACGAGCAAAAACGUACAAAGAGAGGAAGAAGCACGACAGAUUCGAUGGUAUGCCGGAAGAGGAAGUGAGCAAACGCGUCCUUCCGGAUCAUCUGACCAACAACCUCGACAUCAUCAUAAUUGGAAUCAACCCGGGACUCUUCGCCGCUUACAAGGGACACCACUACGCCGGGCCAGGGAAUCAUUUCUGGAAGUGUUUACACCUGAGUGGACUGACACCCGAACCACUGACGGCGGAUGACGAUUACAAGCUCUUGCGCUUCGGUAUCGGUUUCACGAACAUGGUGGCUCGCGCCACUAAGGGCAGCGCCGAUUUAACCAGGAAAGAAAUCAAAGAAGGCAGUCAUAUUCUGUUAGAGAAAUUAAGAAAAUACAAACCCAAGAUUGCGGUGUUUAACGGUAAACUAAUUUACGAAGUAUUCUCCGGGAAGAAAGAGUUUGGAUUCGGAAGACAGCCCAAUCUGGUGGAAGGUACCAAUACGUACAUGUGGGUGAUGCCAUCGAGCAGCGCGAGAUGCGCGCAACUUCCGCGUGCGGCGGACAAGGUGCCGUAUUACGCGGCGCUAAAAAAGUUCCGCGAUUAUUUGAACGGCACCAUAUCCCAUUUGGACGAAUCCGACAUCGUGUUCGCCGACUCGAAACUGAAGAAGAAGGAACAGGAGGCGAUCGAAGACAAGAAACCUUCGUUUUGCGACGACCUGAACGAAGGGGAUAGCAGGAUGGCCGAUAUGAACGGAACCGGCAUGAAACACGAUCAGAACUCUCAAAUACCUGGUAAGAAGAAGAGGGGCAGACCGAAGAAAAUAAAGAAUCCGGAAGAUCAACCUCCACCCGAUCCUGAGAAACUGGAUGCGAAUGGGGAAGUGAUAAAGAAACGUCGCGGACGUCCGAAGAAGAUUCACCAGCAACAGAAACAGCAAGAACGAGAGAUGAGAGAACGAGAACAACAGCAACAACAUCAGCAGCAACACCAGGCUCUGGGCCAUUUGGGGGACGGAUACGGCAACGUGAUGCCCAAUUGUUUCUCGCCGCCAAAGACGUUCGCUCACAUGGCGCCAUACCCGCAACCGAUCAACGAUUCCGGAUAUUAUGGCCAAGGCAUGAACGACAGUCCGUACAAUAUGAACGCGAAACAGAGUCCGGUCCAUUUGCAACAUUACAGUCAAAGCCCGAAAUCUAUGUCGCUAUCGUUCACUCAUUCGGACCUCUCCUCGGAGAUCAACACCGCGAUCUCGUCGGAAAACAACCUAGAGCCCUCGCCGUUGACUUCUCCGAGCGUCGAACAUCCAGACUUUGAACCGCCUACCAGCAUGUCCCAACAAAACAUGAACAACGAUCAUCGGCAAUACAAUCCGGCUGGUAACGGUGACAACACGGGCCACCACGGCAGCCCGGGAACGCCGUCUCAUCCUAGUUACACCAGUUACAUGGGCUAUCACGAGCAAACCCCCGAUCCUCACAAUCCUCAUCCCCAUCAGACCACACCGACCCCGUUGAGCCAAACCGCUGACGAACAUUCGCACCAUUCCCAUCCUACUCCCCCGCACACGCAUCCUCACACACCGAACCAUACCUCUAUGUCCCCCCACCAUCAUCCGCACGAACAAUACGGAAUGAAAAGAAACACCGGCCAAGACGUAGCGUCCAAGAGUCUGAGCGACUUGGAAUCUCUAGUCGAUCAAAUACCGAGUAUAGCCGACGGUGGCAGCCAACGACUCCAACACUCUCAUUCCGGCAUCAACGACGACGGAUCGCUCGCGGAAAAGAUGGAAGCGCAUCAUCAGUCUUACCUGUCCGGUUUCUCCGGAAUGCCUAACGCGGGUAUGUCAAAUUACAGUCCCCCCCUAGGACCCGGUGGCCCGAUCUACCCUGGUUCGUUGCACCAUUCUCCGAACGACGGUUACGGAUCUCUCUAUACCAUGAACGGACGACAACAUCCGGAUUCCCAACAACAACAACAACAGCAACAACAACAACAACAGCAGCAGCAGCAACAUCAACAACAACAACAACAGCAGCAACAACAGCACAGCAAAUCUUACACGGUUGAAAAUCUAGCGUCUAGCAAUUAUACGCCGAGCAUGAGCCACGGGCAUACCGGUAACUCGUAUCCAAACAUCAUUCCUGGCCCUCAUUAUCCCGUACCGAUGGGUUCGACGAACGGAUACCUUUUCGGUGGUCUGGAGUCUAGCCUGAUGCAACGCACUUACGGGAUGGGCGGUAUGAGCGGGAUGGGAGGUAUGCACCCAUCCCUCGGUCAUAUGGCCAAUCCUUAUUCCUAUAACGGUUCGUACUCUAGUUCCUUCGACGCGUAUCCGGCACCGCCGGCUGGCAUUCACGCGCCCAGCGCAAAUUAUCCUGGCGGUUACACCAGCGUCGGCAGCAGCACCCCCGGUACAUCAACGCCACCCUCUUACCUCCCCUCUCAUCACAGGCCGUCGGUCGACCUCGCGUACGACGGUGUAUGAUAAUCGGUGUAAAACUCUAAUCGACACACGCUACGCGAUUCGAGCGCUACGUUUAUCUUUUCUACGUAUUUUUACACGUCUACGGAUCCGCCGGAAUUGUCGUCUUAACGAAACGCUUCUCGAAUGCUUUUUGCCGCGACUCGCUACCACCAUUUCUCCGUAACUUUCCUUUUUUUCUUUUAUACUUUUCCACUUAUCCCUCCGCCCUCCUUAUCUUAACCCUCUCUUUCAACCUUUCCUUUACCUUUUUACUUUCACCGCCUCUUUUCUUUUCUUUUCUUUUCCUUAUUUUCUGACUCGCUCGAGUAACGAUCGUGCCGCGAGUAGCGACGGGUGCGCGGUUCAAAACCGUGGAAACUGCUAGCGGAAGGCAGAAAAUUUAGUUGGCUUUCGCGUAACGCGUCGAUAAGUAGCAGGGCUGCGCGGGUCACAAUGGCAAGCGACGAGCGAUGAAUCUACCAUUCAAAAGAAGAUAUGUACAUUCGAAAAACACGAGCUGCGGUGAAAUAUUUUCCUCGUUGCUUGUCGCUCACCGUUCAUCGUUCUUUGCUCUCCGCUUUCCGCUAUCCACCCUCCAACCUCCGCACUUGGCUCGUCCGGUCGCCCACUUGCUAAUGUAACAUACAUCGACGAGCAUGGAUAGUUCCAAGCGAGAGGAAACUCGCGAUCGUUGCUCGCCGAUGUACUCGUGGUCUCAGAAAUUCGCCGCGUUUCGGGUCACCGUUCACCCACCCCUGUUCGCGUUGAUCGUCGAUAAUGGGUAGGAAAAAAAAAAGAAACGAUGUUAAAGUUUUGCUAUUUUGCGACGUCUCGCAAAAAACGUUAUUGUUACGCUUUCGUUAUCGUUGAAAUAUAUUUCACUUGUUUCGCUUGACCGGCGAAUACGUGCAAUCUGUUGCCGCUCCAACGGAUCGAUGCGAAAGAACCAGCUUCUCGAACGUAAUUCCUUCGAAUUAUGGUAGAAACAUUCGCGCCCAUGCGUACACAACGCGUAUAUCCGUUAUUUUAUUCCUUUAUUCUUUAUCCGUUUCUCGCGUUCUCGCGUUAAGCUUCGUUGUUAACAACCGACGUACUCGUCUUGAAUCAGUUGAAUCGCGAAAAUUUUUAUUCCUUCACUUUCUGUAAGUUACAAGCAGUGUUUCCGGUUAACGAAGCAACAAAUGCAGUUAUUGUAUUACACUGUUACGUUACGUUGUCAAAGCGAUAACGCAUAUACGCGUGUGCACGCAAUUCAUUGCAAACUGUGCGUAUGUUUUAACGCGAAUCUAGUCAAUUCGAUUCGUUGAAUCGUGGCCGUUUAUCGCAAUCGACCGAGUAAUUUUAUGUACUAAUAAAGUGAAAAAAAAAAGAAAGAAAGAAAACACACAAAUCGAUAGAAAUAUCGAAUUUCGCGUGGUUUCCCUUCCGUUUGAACGUAAAAGAGGCUACAUCAUGAUUGACACAGCAUCGCGUCGAUAAGAACCACUGGUUACGUUACGUUACGUAGAAAUUUCUUGCCGAACAUAUUAACGCGUCCACUGUCAUAAGGGUCUAAUUACUUUCAUUCGAACAAAAAAAAAAAGAAAAGGUGUGAAAUACCAUUAAAAUUGAGGAUCCGUCACUAUGUACUUCUGGUGUGACAGUGAACGCGUUAAGAAGCUUCUCGCCUAUAUAAUUUGCAAGUUUGCCCCGAUUCGAAACGCGUAAAUUAAUUAUAAUCGGCAUCGAUGCUUCUGAUACACGGGAUAAGUAAACCUCUCUUCUUUACGAGAAACGAGGUUUCUCGUCUCGUAACGUUUUCGAUGGAAAACACCGAGAUGCGAGAGGAGAGAAUAGAUUAGAGACGUUUGAAGCGUACAGAGGGAAACGGAAGAGAGAUAGGUCGCGAAGAAAAGCUCGAUAGUCGAUUCGAUAGGCAUAUCCUCGCUUUCGUACCUCGCACUCGCCAUACAUACACAGCCAUAGUCGUUCCUCGUUGCGAUAAAUUUUCUGUAUCGGUUGAAAUCGUUGACUCUCGACGUCGCUGUGAAAUGUCAUAGGUUACCGUAAUUUUUAUCGUUAUCGCGUUACGUUGUCUCGUUAAUUGUAUUUCAUCGUCGUGUUUCGAGCAAUCGAGGAUCACCAAUGUUUAUCGAUACACGAUCGCGAACAGUCGAUGUAGAUGUAUGCCAUUAACCGACAUCCUCUUUUGUCGCUAAUCGACGCUGUAAAAUUACGCAUCUGGCAUGAUUCUAUACAAAAAUCGAAAUGAAUAUAAAGUGCACUCGUACUCGUACACGAAAAUGAAGAAAAAGAAGAAGAAAAAAAAAAAAUGAAGAAUGAUAUCGGUGUACGUGUACGCGGCUACCUUAUAUUUACGGAAUAUACAUAAAGUAUAAAUAUUAUAUAUUGACUAUCUACGAUAAACGAGAAAAACAUUUAUCGAGUAAUCGCAUAGGAUGUGUUGAAACAUUUAAAAUGAUGCACAGGGUAUAGAUGAAGAAAAUCGUUGAUAUAAUAACUGAUGUCUAUAUAAUGAAUGUUUCUUUUGUUCUAUCGGCCUCAAGGACACAAACGCGCGUACGAUCGACAAUUAAUCUAUAGUAGAUGUUUUCCAGAAUUCAUUUCGACUCAAAACGGACAGUUAUAGCGUAAGUGUGCUCGGUGUUAAUCGUUCGUCGAUAAUAAAAUGAAAUGGAUAGAAAUGAACAGAAACGAAUAGAAAACGAAGAACAGUGAAAGAAAGAAAGAAAGAAAGAAA